UUUAAUAUCUUUGAACAGAUGGAACUUAUCAGAAAUUACAAACAAAGCAACGCAACUCUGUGAAGUGAGAAAAAAAGGAAUUUUUUUCUUUUUGUCUACAAUUUGAUCGUCAAUCCUUUUAGGAAAUUAAUAGUUACUAAUGGCCAACUUUUUUCUGUAAAAUUCUAUUUUGCAUAUGAUUUCUUCAAUUCUAUAUAUUCUAUUAACUAUAACGUAUAUUUACUAACAAAAAUAAUUCAUUUUACGUGAUACUCUUUCUGAUCCAUAAAACGUAAUCGCACCGUAUCAAACACGCCUCGUCUAAUCUAAUCAGUCACAAUGACAGCAAGUUCGAAAAAAUCAGGACACUUUUGCCUUCACGAUCUGCUUAUGUCACGAAACGGGUAUGGUCAUGUUUAUUCGGCUUACAACCGAAUGUUGAUAAUAAAGGAAUAAAAAACGAGAGUAGAGUGGCGUGGUUGGAACAUCGACGAUGAUCUUACGUUCGAAGAAUAGGCUUUGCAAGUCGUCACUGUGGAAUUUACAGAUGUCAAUCGAAAUUGAUAACUCUUCGAUUGCGACUUUAAAACCGUAGUGAUCUUAUCUGAGCGACGAUAAUGCGAUUAUAUGGAGUCUAUGGAGACUUUAUUCGCUUACGUAACCGAUUGAAAAAUCUGGACUGGAUUGCUCGUUCUUCUUCCGAGACAUCGCAAAUGAUUCAUCGAAGCUGUCUGGAAAAGAUCAAUGAGGAAUCUAAUUGGUGCUCAGAACCAGGAGAAUCGAUCAUAGCAAAGAUUGAAGAUCGAAACACUAUCGUAGAUACAUUACAAUAUUGCAAAGUUCGGUCAUCGAUUAUUUCUAAGCCGUCUUAUUACGACGUCAUAAAAUCAGAUGACAUUUCACUGUUACCAUUGUUCUGCAAGCCUGGAUCAGAGGGUGAUCUAAAUAUCCAUCCUAGGAACAGUACGAUUGUCUUGUAUCAGAGAAGAGGCCAUAAUACUUUUUUCUGGGAAUGCGUAGGAACAAUAAAAAAUCAAUUUCUGAGUAGUAUGAAAUCAGUAAUCUGGAACACGAGAAUUACUUCAUGCAUGAAGUAAAAAUACAACUAUAUUAGUUACGAAAGUAUAGAAUAAGAGUGAAAUGAAUAUUUUUCAGACUCUAAAUUCUUCCGAAAGAUAAUACGAUUUAAUAUUAUAAUAUCCAGUUUUCAUGUAAAGUUUAUCAUUUAUGUCCGUGUACUUUUAUUUUGUCCAAAAAAAAUAAUAAUCGCGAUUUAGAAAAUGCCAAAAUUUAAUCCCUGGGAUCUUGAUGUGUCGUAACGCAAUUGUCAACGUUGGCACGCGUCCGAAUUCCUUUAAACUCAUUAUCAUUAAACGGAUAAGCGAGAGCCGAAUAAAAUUGAUUCACUGGCGCCCGCGCGUAGGGUUAAGAGGGUAUUAUAACAAGAUUAUACGAAGCGGAGAGAAGGCUGAAUGGGUCCUUGACAUGAU